AUGUCGAUGGCUGUUUGGUCAUGCAAGUUAGAGAGGAAACAUUGUAAAUACCUCUCCAAAAAUGGUUGUGAUGAAAACAUUGGAAUACUGUUAGUCUCACUAUGUUUAGUGAGGGGGAUUUCGGCGUCGUCGGAAUCAGAAAAUGGUUGUGAUGAAAACAUUGGUCAUGGAUAUAAGGUGAAGUGGGCAGACUAUGAUUCUAAUGGCAAAGUUUUGACUGCGAAGCUCUCGCUUGUGAAGAGCUCCGCAGUCUAUGGAUCUGACGUUAAGUCCCUCAUCCUCACUGCCAGCUUGGAGUCAAACGACAUACUAAGAGUCCGAGUCACCGACGCCGACAAUGACCGGUGGGAACUUCCUGACGAAGUCAUCACCCGACCACCACCCCCGAAACCAUCCACAUUCCCAAAAUACCCUUUCUCAUUCCUCACAAAUAACCAAAACCUACAACUAUCCGACCCAAACUCCGACCUCACAUUCAACCUCCACAAAACCACACCCUUCGGAUUUUCCAUCAACCGGCGCUCCACCGGCGAUGUCCUCUUCAACACCGCCCCAACCGCCGGCGAUCCCACCACCUUCCUCAUCUUCAAAGACCAAUACAUCCAACUAUCCUCCUCUCUUCCAGCUCAAACUUCACACCUUUAUGGGCUUGGUGAACACAUCAAGCCCACUUUUCAACUGGCCCAAAAUCAAACUCUUACAAUGUGGAAUGCUGAUAUUCCGAGUAGUACCCCUGAUGUUAACCUUUAUGGGGCCCACCCGUUUUACAUGGAUGUUCGAUCUUCGCCCAUUAAAGGAUCCAGUCAUGGUGUUUUGUUGAUGAAUAGUAAUGGGAUGGAUGUUGAGUAUAAAGGUGAUAGGAUUACUUAUAAGGUUAUUGGGGGUAUUAUUGACCUUUACUUCUUUGCUGGUCCUACCCCUGUUAUGGUUACUGAGCAGUAUACUCGCCUUAUUGGUCGUCCUGCCCCUAUGCCUUAUUGGGUUAAGCAGAAAAAUGAUUAAGCUGUAAAACAUAAAUAUAA